CUGACUGCCCACAACACUUUGCUUUCACCUGGAGGUGCAAUCAAUUGCCCGAGGGCUGGAAACAUAGCCCCACUAUCUGCCUUGGUCUUAUCUGGACUGCAAUGGAAUAGUGUAUAGAUAUUGCUGAAUGAGAGAAAUGGCCAGUGCUCUACCUCUACAAUGACUUGUGGAUGGCAGCAAAUGCUCUCUGGGGAUGGCUAAACCAAUGGGAAAAGACUAGUUGGCAGCACAGAAGUAAAUCUGGGCUGCUGAAUUGUGGCAAGAUCUCACUGCCCAGGUAGAGGAGCUUGCUGUAAAAGUACAUCAUGUAGAUGCACAUGUGCCUAGGAGUGGGCUACUGGGAAACAUCACAACAAUGAACAGGUUAUUCAGAAGUGAGAUAUGUACUGCAUUUAAGCAAGCUGAAGCCUCUGUGGACAAUGGUCAAAAUAUAAAUGUGGAGUGAUUUGGCAGGUUAAUUACAUCACUCUCCCACAACCUGCCAAGGUAGGAGUGCUGACAGUGGUGUAAAGAGCCACUGGAUGGCUAGAGAUGUACCCUGUGCCUCACACCACUGCCUGGAACACCGGCUUGGGCCUCAAAAAGGAACCAAAGAAGUAUGACAUAGAAGUCUUACAGGAAUGCAUGCAUGAAAACUAGGCUGUCAUGUUUACAAGAUUCUAAAAUGGAAUGGGGAGGAGAGUAUUCUUUUGAUUCUUCCAAUUUAGACUGCUUGUUACAUGUUCUCCCUGGAGAAUUGGAAUUCCAACAAAUCCUUAGUGAUCUUGAUGAAAAAAUAAAGAAGAACUCCUACAGCAUAGAAAAGUGUCUUAAGGACCUGCAAUCGGACAUAAAUGAAAUAUGUACUGAUGAAGUACUACAAAGCACAACAGACUGCAUUCAGUGGCUAAAUAGCUACAAUUUUUGUUCUCUCAGACCUUCUUCUACAGACCAUGGAGAGCUGCUGGAGUUCCUUAAGACCCUGCAAAGCUUGUUGAAGAAUGAGAAGAAUCAAGAAGAAAUGGUACUUCACUUCCUUCUGGACCUCUCUAGUCAAUGUGGUGUCUCGUUUCCCUGUACUGCAAGUGGGACAUCAUUUGAGUUAACAUCUUCGCUUCAUACCAUUCAGGAUGAUUCAGCUGUGGAUGUGAAAUCUCUUUGGGACGAUGUGAGAUUGCAUCUUCGACAAUUUUUAGUAAAUAGACUGCAAAGUCAAGAAGAAACAAACACUAAUGCUUUGCCACAGCAAAUGGAGUUUAAAACUCAGUGUGUGCAGCAGCUUUUGUUUCUUUAUCCCAAAUCAGAAGUCUUAAUGAGGUAUCAAAAUAUGCAGAAUAAACUGGUUAGUGAUCUUCUACAAAACUGUAUUUUUUCUAGUUGUGGUGAAACAAAUUUUGAUAAGGUGGUUCAUGGUUACCAAAGUUCCAUACCCAGAUUGUGCACAAUGAUAAAAGAAGAUUUGUAUAUACUAAGUGGAACUAUUGGUCCAUCUUCGUCAUUAAAGUUUAUUAAUGAAACUUACCUGGAUACCAUCACUGAAGAAAUGACAGUUCUUCUUGAAAGACUUUGUGAGCUGCAGUUCAAAGAAAAUGCUCUACACAUUGUUAAAGCAAACAAGAUUUCAAAGAAGCAUAGAGGAAGAGUUCACGCUGUGGCCUCCCAGGAAUACCACAGGAAAGGACGGAACUUCUGCUUAACCUUAUAUCAACUCAAAUGUCUUUCUCAACUUAUCAAACUCUUCUUAUUCAUGGAGGAAAAAAUUGAAGAGCUCUCCACAGAAAUUCUGCUGCUGCCUUCAUUUACAGAAAGGAAUAAGAAUGUUCAAGGAGUUCUGAAGAGAGCUAGUGGGGAGCUUUUAAUAGGAGAAACUAGAGCAAAUGAAACCAGCGUGCUUCCUGAACAGUUACUUCAGGUAGAAGAGAGAAGUGAAGUACAGUGUGCCGUGUUGAAACCAGCUUCUCUUAAGGGUUUCCCAUUGAGAUUCAUGCCUAUUUUACUGAGUUUUGGCUGGAGAAAUGCAUUUAAAGACCUGUCUUCUUCUGUGGCUCACUGUAUAACAAUAGCAAUUGAGGAUUUUUCAUCUAAAAUUCUUCAACAUGAGCAGAAAGAAGAGUUUUCAGCUGCAGGCUGUGCAAUGAAUCUUGUAAACAACCAGCAAAUGAGGGAGUCCUGCAGAGCAGUCCAACAAGAAGAGCAACCAAAACGAAUUGCUAAGUUUUGUUCUGACAUCAUGGAAGAACUCGACACAUUGCUUCCAUUGGCUCUGGCCUGCAGAGAUGAUUCUCUUCAGGAAAUUAGAGCAAACUUUGUAGAGGCCUGCAGCAAAGUGGCAACGGCUGUUCUGGCAAGACUAGAGGAGAAAAGCAAAGAUGUUCCCUUGAAGGCUCCCCUGCAAGACUUGUAUGCUGCCCUUUCCACGGCGAUAUAUGUCUUUCAGCAUUUUACAAUGUAUAGCAAUUUAAUGAGAGAAACAAGCAAAAAACCCCUGUUCCUCGUGCCUAUCCAAAAAUGUCAGGAAUUCAUCAACAUUCUCCAGUUUCAAGUUACGAACUACUGCAUCAGAGUAUGUGCAACAAGCAUUUUACAGGAUGCUGAGAGCCACUGCUGGGAUGACUACAAAGCUUUUUACGAGGGGGAAAGAUGCUCGUUCUCUGUCCAGAUGUGGCAUUACUUCUGCUGUGCUCUUCAUCAUGAUCUAUGGACUAUUCUACCUCCAAAGACAGCCCAGGAGAUUCUUACAGAUGUACUGGAGCGAUCUUUGGAUAUUCUGUCCUCCAGAUAUUGUCAGGUGUGUCCCAGUUACAAAAGAACACCACAAAUCAGAAUUGAUAUUGCAGCAAUUUUGAUGUCCGCUGAAGAUAUGCUCUGGUCAAUUUGUAGUUCUGUGCAGGAGUUUCUGAAUCCACACAAAGACAGAGAUCUCAAGAUCUAUAAAAUACAUGGCCACUGCAAUAGUCUGAUCUCUGUGCUAGCUAUUUUAACUUCACCAUUGAAGAAUUUGUAUGAGACAUUUCUGGAUAAUUCUGAUGAACAUCUUCCUCAAGAUUUUUCAGAAGUCUCUUAUCAGCCAUUGCACUGGUUAUUUUGCAUACCGUCAUCCUGUUUUUUCUUUAUGAAGACUCCAUCAACCAGAGAAAUGGCAGCCCAAGGUCUGCUGAAGCUGCUCUUAUCCCAGCCAUACUGUAAUUUGAACUUGCUUUUGGAAACAUUGCUACACCAUGAUUGUCUCUUAGUGAAAAUUUUGCUGAGAAGCUCAAGUAAUCAAGCAUUAAAUUGUGAAGAACAAAGUUCUCUCUUGGAACAGGAAAAUAACAAGGAACCUUCUCUGAUUGAAACAAUCUUCGCAGUAUUGUCUUACUGCAGUUUAUCACCCAAAUCUCUUGGCAUUGCUUUUGAGUCCUACAUGGAAAAAGAGCUGCUGUGGAACUGCUUAUACAAUAUGACAGUUUCCAGUUGCGGUGAGUCGGAGCCAGAAGUUAUCAGAUGCUUGAAGUUGACUUUGAUUAAUUCAGUGAAGGGUAUAGUGAAACAAAUAAUUUCUUUGAUGCAUUCAUGGGAAGCAACAGAAAACUAUGGAACAUACCAGCACAAGCAAAUAGUUCCUGAAGGUUUACUGAAAACUCUUCCAAAGGAAUGGAAUUACACUCCUCGGGAAAUGAAGAGAAAAGAAUCUGGGAAAUGCUUCACAAGGCUUGCAGCUCAAGCAGUAUCUAUUGUAAUCAGCAAGUUACCUACAGUGAUUGCAUGUUUGCCUCCCCCAGUUAAAUACUUCUUUUUUCUGGCUGAGAGAAAAAUGUCAAGAAACUUUGCUGAAUUGAAGAAAGCUGGUCUGCUUGUCUGGAACUUGAUUGUAAUUAUAUGUCGAAUAUUUGAGGAUGGAAAUACUGCAGAAUUUUUAACAGGUGCAACACUUGACAGAUGGAGCAAAGAAAAACUCAGUUUAGUUCGUGUGUGCUUAGAAAGUAUUGUGGGAAAACAGAAAAGUGGUCCUAAGCAAGUGACCCAGAAGAUUAUACAAAGCAUUGAGCAGCAAAGACCAAACUGGAUUGAAAGCCAGUUGCUGAAGGCAAGAAAAUUGAGCAUAGACUGUGCCUCAGUCACAGUUAGAAGUGGAACAUUAGCGGAAGGAGGUAUUGCACUUGGAUUCUCUGAGCAUAAUAUAAACAUGAUGGUCCUGGAUAUCUGCCACAAACCAGGUGGUAGUGAGUACCUGAGGCAAAUUUAUCACAUCAUCCGGCUCAAUGAGGAAUAUUUGAAAGAGCAGCUGUCUUGUGAGAAUUCUUCUGAAGAUGGUGUUACCUCGAGCCAAUGUCUGCCCUUGACGCUGAAGGGGAGAGAAGAGCAGCCUGUCUUCAACCCUUUCCAGGUGUACAGACAAUCUUAUGCAAAACUAUUCAAUCAGUCAGCCAUUACUGAAUGGAACUGGGAUUGGUCAAGCUUGCUGCCAGGUUACUUGGGACUGAAUCAGAUGGCUUUCAGGGUGCUGCUAACACACAGGUGGGAGAUGAAAGAAGAUGCAGAUCUUGAAGAUGAGGAGAACAUUAUGGUGGAACACUUAAAAAACGUUUAUUUGACACAAAGGACUUUUUCAGAGGAUAAAGAAGAACAAUUACCUUGACAGAUUUCAGGUAGCACCCUUCUUCUGGAUUCAACAAGAUUAACUUAAUAUCAUAUCUCACAGUACUAGAAAGCUCAGAAAUAUGUAUCUUGAGUAGGACUUCAACCUAAAGAGUGUUCCCUUGUUAUUGUGUGGUCACUCUAUCCAGGAAGCAAUGUUCACACAUGCAUAAGGUGGAACAGUACAGGAAAAUGUCAAGGAGGUUAUAUCUCAGUACUGCAGAGGCAUAAACCUGAAUGACAAACUGAGAAUUGUUUCAAAAAUAUAAGACUCACUCUGAACAUGCAAUUUUAGACAUAGGCUAAGCAAAUGUUUCUGGUUUCCAUCCACCACUUUGGAGUUGGAGUCAGCCGGCACCCAGUUUGUGUCACUCAAGGACCUUUUCCCUCCUUUGGUGCUUGUUUAUUAAAUUAGCCAAAAUACAUGAAAAGGGAAAGGUAUAGACCAUGUAGCUACAGUCCUUUUUGAGUUGCUCCAGGAUGAGUAUGCUCGGCCAUUAUUCCAAAUCAAAAAUGCAUCAGCAUUACUGCCUUCACAAAUCCUUACUUAACUGCCAGUGUAUUUUAUGGCUUAAAAAAUAUACAGAGAAAUUUUAGAAGUUUUGAGAAGCAUUUUUUUUUAUUUAAAAUAAUUAUUUGCAGGCAGUGCUCACAGGAUUAUCUUAAAAGUGAAUUGAGAAAAUAAUAAAUAAUUUAUUUUUAAAAAUAAAUAUAGUAAAAUUUCAUAUUCAAAGUAAUCCUGUUUUGAUAUUUAAAAAUUAUGAAUAUUAUAUAUUUUUCUGAAAAAAUAAUAUUUAAUAUUAUUAAAUAUUUUUCUUACACACUGAUUAAAACUAUCAACAUUUUUUUAUAUGGAAGGUCUGAUUAGUAUCUCUUUAGCUCUACAGAAAUAAUACAUAAUUUUUCUGUAAGUUUCUUUCUUUAGAAGUCCAACGGAACUACUUUUUCUGCCUGAUGAAGGACUCUGGCAGGAUCUUGCUAAGGGUGCAAUCUGAGCAGAGUUGUGUUCCCACCACAUCUUCACACAGAUGCUAUUAUGGAUAUAACUUAGACCACUUCAGUAGGAUGAAGGCAUGCUUUUUGCCCCUGAAGGUUUCAGCAGCUGAUUUAGGGUCUUAUCUGAAAUGCAGUUUUUUCUCCUCUUAAUUGUUCUUUUUUCUUUUCAUAUAAAGCAUCAGACCAUUUAAAAUCAAAAUGUGGAAAAUUGCAUCUUACAAAUCUCCAAAGAUCCUGUUACAACACUGCAAUACAAAAGGGCUGUGAGGCACUGUAGCUUAGAAAAUGCUAAAAACAUUAUUUAAAAAAUAAAGCAGAUCUUUUCCUCUGCUGCCAGUGUAGUAAUUUCACAUUAUAAAGGAAGUGAUGGAGUGUGAAAACCAUUUAUCGUUGCUUGGUAUUUCACCUUUAAAGAUUACUGGUGGACUUCAGGUUUAAAACAUGUCUACAGGGAUCUUCCAUGACAGCAGGUUUGGUAUUUUGACAAAUGAGGCACACAUAUUCCAAGCCAUACAAAUAAUGUGUUAGUGCACAUGGAAACUGGAGUUCAGAAUAUUCUCUCCUAUUUUAUCAAAAUCUAUCAUACAUAAUUUACUUUUUGUAUAGUCAUAUAAAGUGCCUAUGUGGUGAAACUGAUUGAAAUACUUAUUGUGAAAAUGCUCCCCUUCUGGGAAAUACCUACUCUGAAGAGGAUAAACUUUGCAAGUGAAUAAGCUAAUUGAGAAUAAAACCCAUCACUUACACUUAAGUGGGAAUACCCAUACAGUCAUUCCCCUGGUCCUGUUGACCACACAAUUUCGGAUAAAGGCCAAGAUACCAUUGGCCUUCUUGGCUACUUGGGCAGACUCUGGCUCGUGGUCAGCUAGUUGUUGACUAGCAACUUUUAUUCUGUGUCACUUUCCAGUUACUCUGCCCCACACCUAUGGCAUUGAUUUGAGUUGUUGUGAUGCAAGUGCAAGUGUUGAUCCUCAUUCCACUGGCCUCAGCCCACUGAUCCAGCUUCUCCAGAUCCAUUGUAAAGCCUUCCAACUCUCCAACAGGUCAACACUCCUGCUCAAUUUGGUAUCAUCUGUAAACUGACUGAGGAUGCCCUCUAGUCCCUGGACCAAAUAAGUGAUAAAGAUAUUAAGUAGUAUUGUUUCCAAUACUGAGCCUUGGGGAAUGCCACUUAUGACUGACCAAUGACUAACAUGCAUAAGAACAUAACAGCAUAAAAGCUGAACCUUUGCACAGUAUUUUACUGAAUGCUUUUCCUAUCCAAACCUGUAUGUGCAUGUUUUAUGGCACCUGAGUGCAAGCAAAUAUGUAUUUUAAAUUGUACUUGACACACAAUUCUUACUGAGAAAUAUCAGGGCCGAGAAAUAUCAUACCAAGAAAUACAAGAUUAUUCCUCUUUGGUCCUGCUGGCAAUGUAACCAUUCCAAAUAACUUUUAGGGUAUAAAAGGGACAUCAUCUUGGCAAUAUUACUUAAUGCUGAAUACACACUUCUACAACCUUCAUAUUUAUUCAAUAAAAUUACAGUAAUAAUAAGAAUUGUACAACUAAGCUUGCUAAGUAACAUGCCAUUAGUUUAUCAACACUUUGCUUUAAACUUAAACACUUACUUGAAAAUUGAAAGAGCUGACCAUUUUUCCAUUGUGUAGAUGUUUUCCACAGAUGCUUGUGUGUAAAAUUAGGAAUACUUUUAUAACUGUAAGACUGCUGCUUUCUUUUGCUUUUCUUCAUAAAACAAUAGUUCUAUAUUCUUAAAAAAAUUCUGCUGAUUGUAAUUUUGAUUUAAGAUUAAAUUAAUUUUUAAGAAUGAUGCAAUGUCUUGGUUCUUUGACACUACUUAUUGAUCCAGGAAUGCCUCACAUGUAUGUUUAGCCUAAAUAAAUAAAAGCAACAUAAAUCAGA